AUGUGCAACUAUAGAACCAGGUCUUCUCACAAGACUUUCAGGAUCAAGCAAUUCCUGGGCAGGAAACAAAAGCAGAACCGUCCCAUUCCCCAGUGGAUUUGGAUGAAAACUGGUAAUAAAAUCAGGCACAACUCCAAGAGGAGGCAUUGGAGAAGAUCCAAGCCGGGUCUAUAAGGGAUCGCGCAAGAGACGGCACACAUGUUGAUGCUGCGUGAAGGUCACAUGCUCCUAUCCCAUCACUGCGUAAACAUCACUGCUGCCUGAACCGUAGACACGUUUUAUCAGGGAGAUGAUGUAUCUCUGCUGCUAUGCUUCUGCACGAGUAGGCUGGUUCAGUAAUAAAUAUGUGAGACCUUCUGUUUGAAAGGAAAAAAAAAAAAGGACAAUUUAGAAUAGCUGCUUGCUGGAACAAAAAGGGGGAAUUUUAAGGGCAUUCAAACUGUUCUGUAUGAUACUGUUAAUGAUUGGAUACGUAUCCUUACACAUUUUUGAAAAUCCAUAGAA